AUGCUGCUGUGUGUGAAGCAGUGCACAGGUUUAGCCUGGUGUCUCCUGUUUCUUCUUUUUUGUUUUACUUUUCCUUGCAUGUUUUAGCUCAGGGCUGUGCUUUGCUCACCUUCAAGAGGAAGAAGAAUAAAGCCAUGCAGAAAAGCAAUCUUACGUAAUGCAAAAAUUGGCUUUAAGGGCUGCAGCAUCAGUGAAUACGGAGUAACCGAUAAAGCGUUGGCUAUUAAAGCACAGCACAGUCAUGAAAAGGAGUUCAGCUGAUGCUUCAACCCGCAGCACAGCAGGUUGUUUGCCUGUGCCUCUCUUCAAUCAGAAAAAGAGACCCAGGCAGCCCCUCACCUCAAAUCCUCUUAAGAAUGAGCCAGGUUCCAGUUUUGUGACUCAUGACUCUUCUUCCUCAUCACUGGGCUGGGGAGCUGCAAACCCAGAAGUCGAUGAACUACAGAAUGCAGCAAACAAUGGAGCAGAUGAUCACAUGGCUCCUUCCCCUAUGAAAUCACCAAACGCAUUAAAGUCUAAUUUAGUCAAAGCUGGAAGAAACUUGUAUGCCUACAGUGGCAUUCAGGAACACCCUUUUAAUUUCCAGGUAAUCGCUGCAGUCCUUAGUAAUUACAUUCUGCUUAUGAGCCAAAAAGAACUGAAAUGGAACAUCAAUUCCAGUGUACCUAAACCUAAUUCAGAAGGAUUUAAGCAAGUGUGUAAUGGCUGCCCUGUAUAUGGAUAA